AUGCCAUCAUAUAGCAGUAACGAAUUCGACGCAGAUUGGCGCUAUGAUAUAACACAAGACUUUGUCACCUCCACUAAUCAGCCUUACCCAUACGCUGAUAAUGGCCACUUGCAGUGGGGAAAGGAAGUUCAAAAGAUUACCUUUGAUGGGACAGCGCAUCUUGGCUAUAUCAGCAAUGAUGGUAAGAGACUAGCUCUGGGGAUCAAGCACAACAUUCACGUCCUCAACACUGGAACUUGGGAGACUGUUGUCGUCCUCAAAGGACAUACCUCGCAGGUCAAUGCUGUCGCUUUCAGACCGGACGAUUCCAACGUACUGGUAUCGGGUGAAACAGAGGAAAGACACGACAAAGAGCUUCUAUCUCCACCCAUGAUCAUCUUUUGGAACAUAGAGGAAGAAUGCACAAAACGCCCCCAUGCAGAUGAUUCGUAUGGGGAUGCUGUUCACGCUGCAGCAGCAGCCGCGGCUGAAGGUCUGGCCAAGAUCGGAAUAGACCUGGACCAAGACAAAAUCCAGGAACUAAAGACUGGCUUCCAACCCGUUGUCGAUCGUGUCACUGCCAGGAGCACGGCAGUACGUCAUGCCACGAUCGGUGGCCGACUACAAGAGCACUUUCAGUCUAGAAUUUUCAGCCCAUCCGGCAAAUGGAUGGUUUACCUGCCUGGAAAGUCACCUCGAGCAAACUCAAAUGUUCCUUGGCAUAUCCAUAUUGUGUCCACCGACACUCUCAAGAAGGAAUUCACUCUUCAAGGUCACACCGACGCAAUCAUGUGGAUGGGGUGGAGCUCUGAUGAAACACUCUUCGCUUCUAUCUCGUGGGACUGCUCUAUUCGUAUCUGGGAUGCUUUCACAGGCGACCAGAAGCACUGUUUCAUGACUGAAACCCAGAACUGGACGGGCGGAUUUUCUCCGAAUAUGAACUAUUUCAUGGCAACGGACGGAAAAGGCAACGUGAGAGUCUUCUCCCUGCCCUCGGGUGAGCUUCACUGGAUGUACGAGGGACAACAUGGUGGCGGCUGGAGACGAACUAUCAGUUGGCAUCCAAACAGCCAGUGGCUUGCCGUUGGAGGGGAGAGAUUGGGCGAGUUACUUUUACUCGAUGUGAGGGAGAAGAAGCUGCUACAGAAAAGAGUCCUGUCAGCAGAUUCCUGUACAAGGGAAGAAGAGUAUCGCAAAAUGAUGACGCGCUUUCUGGGAGUGGGGGAAGUGCAGUUCGUUGACAAUGGAAACAAACUUGCAGUCUGGACCUAUGGUGAUGGAAGUAUUGAGCUUUAUGAUAUCCAACAGGAGGUCAAGUGGAGGUUUCCUAGGGGUGGUACAGAUGACGGACCAGAAACGCAUGAAUGGAGAGAUGACAAAGGCAAGGUUACAAGUAAAAGGGGAUACGGCAUGGUGGUAUGGGGGGGUCGUUCAAAGGGCGUACUGCGAUUGGCCAGUCUUGACUUUGAUGGUGUUCGCGUCUGGGACGUGCCACUGACUCUUUAG